UGAGUUAUGACAUUUCCGAAUAUCGAAAUAUUUUUUGCGUGAUACCGAAUCAUACUUAUCCGAUGUAAACACUGACACUGUUACAGGUAAUAACCCUUUUUAAGAGCCCCUAUAACUAUGGGUGACACACCUGGGGGGAGACAGGACAGCAUUGUUCAGUUUAGGUAAACUUUCCAGUUAUUUACUCGCUUCGUAAGAGUUCUAUAGAUAUUUGGCCAUUUCAGUUAAAGAGGCAUUACUAUUUAUUAAUACCAACUGUUAAAUCAAACUGUAUGUAAUACGUAACAGUAACAAUAAUCGCAUCGUGUAUUCCCAAGCAGAAAGCGUCUGGUAUUUUAGAACGGUAUUAUGCCUCUGCGAACAGCACUUCCAUUCGUAUAUAUCGUGAUAAGUAGUGCAACAGCAAGCAUCAGUAAAUAACAUCGCGGUUAUUGCGGAUAGUGUUUUCACAAAAGGCCCAGUCAGCGUCGUCAGAAUCAUGUGUCCAUUUGGACGGCCGCUAGCUCAUUAGUAGAUCUAUCUCAUGUCAAGUGAUUCUGAUCCAUAAGCACUUAACCCAUUUAUUUCACGAUUGCAAUCAGUGUAAUGGUUACGAUUACAAGAGGAACUGCAUGCACUUCUAAGAUCAUUAUAACCAAUCGGUUGGAAGUCCUAAAUGAAGCGUCAUAUUAUAACCAGUAUUCUCGUAGGAGAGUCAUACUAAUAGCGCCAUGUUAUCUAAUGAAAUAACGACCGGGAAAUGCACGUUGGUUGACUGUGUGGAUGUUCUCUACUUGAUGCAGAAUAUCUAAUAGGCUGACGUUUACCUCAUUAUAGUAGAUUAAAUUGUUAUUUGCUGUUUUAUUCGUUUUGCUGGAAAAGGCUACUUUUAUUGGACCAUUCUGGUUUUCUGCUUUGAUUCGAUUGUACUAGUUAUUCUUUUUUUUUCGUUUCGUGUUUUUUUUUGCUGAAUAAUUCCGGCAGACGAUGCAGCAUCUGCAGUGAUUGCCGACUAAGAGAUCGGUACUUGUUCAACUUAUGACUCUGCAAUAAAUAUAGUGCUUUGGGUUUUGAUCAAUUCGUCGGUUACUAUCAGCCAAGUAGUGGUGUCUAACCUAUAAUCAUCGGUGACGACAUUCUAAUUAACAAAUACACAAAUCACUAAGUUUAACACCUGGUUUUAACCCCUGUUACGGCUGAAAGAUUCCACGCACAUAACUAUCGUACAUAUAGGUACAUAAACUAACGACACACCAAAUCGCUAUGCAUUUUAUAAAGCUGGAGCAGCCUAGCUUUUUGCUUCAGCACACAGUCGUACGCAACAGAAUCGGCUGUCUACAUUUUCAGCAGAAUGACUUCCCACCAACUAGGUUGAGCGUGCAAGUGCUCUUACAUUGUCGUGUCCUUGCUUUCACUUUGUACCAAUAUUAAACGUGUACUAUCUAGAUACUAGUUCGAUCUUAACAAAAAAUCAACAAAUGAUUAAAGUAAUUAUUAAACACCCAUUAUGACUAUUAGCACCACAAGCAGUACUACCGGCAAACAGAGGAUCCUUGAUAGUUGUUAUAAUCUAAUUCCGCUUUCACUAGUUACUACCAGCGCUUCUGUCGGUGUGGGUGCAGCGCUUCGAAACAGAAGACCCAGCAGUCAGAAGACGUCGUGAUCGAGCUCACUGACACGUCCGCAGCUGUAGUUUAUGCUUUCCGUUUUACGGUUGCUAGCCACCACGACGUCCGUAAUGUUGCCAUGUUAUCGAUUACGAUCGGCCAUCGUCUAACAUUGCUUUACUGGGCAGGGAACGCUCAAGGCGAUCUAAAACGUUGUCUCUCUUGGUCGAUGUUUGUCCCAUUUUCUCAUGCAGCAGCAGCAACAGCAGCACCGGGCGACUAGUUGCAGUGUCGCCAGAGCACUGCCAUCACCAUCAUACGUACGAUCUAACUUGUGAGAACCCGCAUGCGCAACGCGGUGAAUAAGAAGAGACCGCGAAGGCACAAGAAAUGAGGACCGAUGGGAUUGCUUGAUGCCUGACAAAGGAAAACAGCCGGCCAACCGACAAUGGUGGCCAGGAAAGGAUGGAACGAAUAGUGGUCGAUCAGCUGCUGGAAUUCGAUCAGCAAUUUACAAUAGCUACAUAAUGCAAUGUGAGUUUUCAGUUGUUGAGAUGAGGGCGUACGUAACACUGUUCGUGGGGGUCACUCUAUUAGCUGCAACGGUGACCGCAGCUGGUGAAGAGGAAUUAGCCAGCGCACGGGAGACUAAAUCUGUCAAGGUAGCCCGUUCUCCACGAAUCGAGGAACGUCGUUACAAAUUUCAUAAUUCUAUGAACAAGAACUCUGUCGGUGCAAGCUCGGAGGCCGUAGAACUCAAGGCGCAACAGGAGGUGAGCAAGUUUAUGAAUACGCGCAACCUGAUUAAGACGGCUAUCAAACUAGUCUUUGGUUCCGAUGAAGAGAGCGCAGCCACGUCUCGGCAAAUUUUGAACCUCUUAGUCACAGUUCUUGAUAUGGUGAAGACAACGUUUGGUGCUCGAGCUCGUGCUGCUCACCAGGGCCGUGGACUCAAUGGGGCCCUUGAUGAUAUCACAAUCGCGGGAGCAUCAAUGAUGAAGGGCCUCCUAAAAUCAGCCAUGGCAAAGGACGAGAACUGCAUGCAACGCUUUUUGUGUGAGGCUUCAAAGGAUGCUGUGAAAGAAGGACAUGAACUCGGUUACCUCGUUGCCCAGUUUGGAGGAUAUGCCGCUAGCUACGCGCUGGAGCGCCAGAAAAAUUUAAAAUUCGAUUUUAGCUACAACGCGACUCGUAGUGGCCGCUCCGGUGAUGACUGCUUUACACUUUACCAAACGUGUAACGAGGCGGUUUAGAAUGAUCUGCAUGACCUAUAAUGUUAGCUAAUUCGUCAAUGGAGUUGAUGAUAAUGAAUGUAGUAGAGGUUGCACAGCGAAAGUAGUUCGCACAUACAAGCUGUCAGUCGCUAUUCCUGAGAAAACAGUUUUAUCGUUAGUUUUUACCAAACUACCCGAUUGUAUAAGACUGGCAGUACUUCUCAUCGCUGUGAGCAGCCUUUUAGAGUCUUAAUCGUCGAAACUAUUCAUUUCCGAUUUUUAUGUACCGACAACUGAGAUACAAUAAGUAAGCGCAAACUCCAAAAUUAAAAAAAAAUAUAAAAACCAUCCAUUGCAAAUAUCAAGUCAUCUCUUCACAUACCAGUCAAUCCUAAUGACUACCCUAUUUAUUGCUCCAUUUCACAACUUCAUUUUAUUUACAAGGAGGAAGGAAAAGAAGAUGCAGACAUAUAUCUUAAUUAUUUUAACGGAUGCUGCGAUACAAACGACGAAAAAAUAAAAGAUGAAAAAUGAAACGUA